AUGCCACUCCGUCGACGUUUUUGCCUAGUUCCUACAUGCAAUUAUUCAACAUAUGAUGGUUCAAACUAUAAAAAACAUUUAUUGAAACAUGGCUUUCAUGCGCCGGCCUCAAAUCGAAAGAAAGCCGAUCCGAACUCCGAUUUUUACUGUGAGAGAUGUAAUGCCCCGUUUGUGAAUCCGGAAUCGUUGAGAGUACACAACAGAACAAAACAUGAAAAGCAAGGGCAACCGAAGCUCUCAAUCACUUGUAACAAAUGUAAUGAGUGUUUCCAUCGACAAGAUAUUUUCUCCGAACAUUAUUUCUUGGAGCACAUGGGAGAAAAUGAAAGUCCGGUUAUCGAGAGAGAUUUCGAAUCGAUUGAUGCUUUUGAGGAAUGGAUCAACGAUUUGCAGAAGACAACGAAAUGUGAAAUGAAAAAACGGACCUCUCAUGUCAAGAAGUAUUUGCACUAUCGCUGUGCACAGGCUGGGAAAAAAGUUGAUCUCAAGUACAAGACGGCAAAGGCAGAUAUGAGACGCGUCGCCUAUUGUACGGCUUUUGUGAAUGCAACUGUGACCGACCGUGAAACAGUGAACGCAAUCAUUUGUGAGCGGCACAAUCAUACAAUUGAUGUGAAGAAACCGAGAAAGAGAGUGAUCGAAAGUGAUGAAGAAGAAGAAUAUGUGGAGGCAACUGGAUCAGAAGAUUCUGAUGGUUCGGAUCAACCAGGACCAAGCUCUUCUAGAAGAUGUAAAAACGCAAAUAGUGAGGCCUCGUUUGUGUGUUCGGAAUGCUCGGAGAAGUUUAUAACAAGGGAUCAAUUGUAUCGACAUCGAAGAUUAAAACAUUCAACAAAUCAUGGUGCAAUCUAUUUAUGCCAAAUCUGCAAGUCAUCAUUAACAACCGAGAAAGCAUUUUGCAAUCACGUCAAUGAAUGCCAUCCAGUCGUGAAAAGUGCCGAAGACAAGUUCUUAUGCCCGGUCGAGCGCUGUUCGUUCAAAGCAAGAGAAAAAGAAGAAGUUGUCACUCAUUUGUGUCAUUCACAUUCAAGGAAAAUUACCCGAAAAAGACUGACAGUCAACAAUGUUCUUUGCGAUAAAUGUCCGGCAGCAUUUCCAACUCUCGAACAUUUCUACAAACACUUCUUCGAGGCUCAUUUCAACAAAACAUAUGGGAACUUUGUGGAGAAAUCUUUCCUUACUCGUGCAGAAUUUCGUUCAUGGGUCGGCGGGUUGAUACCGAACACCUAUUCACAGAUCUACUACGAUUUUGAUGGUGGUGAGAAAUGUGUUUAUCAUCGAUGUAAUGGAAAAGCUGACACGGCUGAUGACGUGACUCGGUCGAGGGCUUGCUCAUCGUUCAUCAAUGCUAUCUACAAUGUUGAUGGGUCGAUGAAAGUCAAAUAUUUCCCGGAUCACAAUCACACUUUCAAGCAGCCACCUUCUUUGCGCAAUGGAAAUAAUGAUCAGACGCUUUUUGCUUCGAAUAAGCCAACGAUAAGCAGAAAUGACUAUGAUGCUUCAAAACCGAGAGGAUGGUGGAACAAGAAAUUCGGGACUCGGGAGUAUUUCUUUUCCAUUCUUGAACUCGAAGAUGAUGAAGUGAAAGAUCCAAUGGAACUUUUGAGUCUACCAAAUUUAUCUUGUAAAGAACUCGAUAAACAUGUCUUUGCUCCUCAUCAACUCCAAAGCGUUCUUCCACUUCUUGAUUUCAACGAGUGUUUGGACGUUUGCUUAAAGUUUUUAGCCAAAUACAAGUUGAUCAGCAACACGCGUCGAUGCAAGAAUUGCUUUCGAUUGAAAACCUUAUUCAGAGACACAGUUGAUUGCUACAGAUGGACUUGUGAAGAAUGUUGGAAAGAUCCACGAAUUGAUAACAAAGGAAUCCGGGAAACGAUGAGAGCACAAACAGUUUUUGAGAACGAAUUCUUGAAUCUUCGAAGCAUGGUGCGACUACUCGGCGCUUGGUGUGAAAAUCCCGGAGAAGAUCGGACAAAACUGGGACAACUUUUCCGAACAACUCCGCAAAUGGUUUUCAAUAUUCAAAAGAAAUUCGCUACAGCCACAAAAAGGUGGUAUAUGCGGCACAAAGAAGAAGAGAAAGAAAGGGAACAAGAACUCCAGAACAAGGUGAAACAAGAAGUAGUCGACCCGGAAGAAUAUUCCGGGGCAAUGGAUGUGACAUCACUUUUGGGUGGACCAUCUUCUGGAAUAAAGCAAGAGAUAAUCGAGGAUUGCUUUGCAAAGAUCAACAACAUCAAGCAAGAAGCCGAAAAAGAGCCAGAACCGGAUCUCUUCCUUACCGUUUUCAAGACGAAUAAAAGCGAACUGAUUGAAAAGUACAAAGUAAUCGGCCCAUUUCCCGAAGUGUUUGUCUAUGAUUUCUUGAUGAGAAAACACUUCGGUGAAGAGAAGUUGAUGAACCGGUUUUUGUAUGAGAUCACUCAAUUGUGGGAUGUCGAUGCUGAGCAGCCCACGAGCCAACGAGCAGCUGAGAUCCCAUUAAUUCAAACUUUUCCAUCAAUCCCGCUAAACUUACAAGCUUCAAGCGGUCACCCACAUCUUGUCAUGCCCAAAGUUGAACCACUCGCAAAAGUUCCAAAGCUUGAACUA